GACGUGCCUUGAUGCCUUCCUACCUUGAAAUGUGUCCUCCGAAGGCAGUAUUUUCCAGUUUUCGGACGCAGCCCACGCAAGAGCGCCAUGGCUUGUCGGACAAAGCAACAGUAAGGGCAGGUCUUUGCGAUGGGUCAAUUAGCCUAUUUUUAAAUGAAUUUUGAAAAUUUGCCUUGUAAUUUUAAUUUGAAAAUAAUUUGAUGACGUGUUUACAGGCGCGAGAGCAGCGCAAUCUGUCACUCACAUGAGACCCACCGAUAAGCCACGCCCUACAUAUUUUCUUGUUUGAGAAGCCGCUUCACUCAAAAUGGAAGAAAAUACUAUAACUUCCAUUUAAGCCGACUAUAAAAAAAACAAAAACUGAUUAAAACUUUACCUAAAAUUAAAAUAAAACCAUAAAGUCUAAAAAAUUAAAACUAAUUUAAAAUGUUUAUAAAAAAUAUUAGCAUCUCAAUGAUCGUAAAAACACUGUACACAUUUAAAGGAAUGAGAACUUGGGUGGAAAAUGUGCUUGAAUGUCACGGAAUGCGAAAAAGAUCUAAAAAUAGCUUUGAUGUUCUGCAUUAAAUCGGGGGUGAAAAUGAAGCCUGAAUGCUGGGACACUGCUGGCUCGAGGGGCUCUGUGGUCAUGUGAACACAGGAACAAGAGACUGGCCAUUGGAUGAGCACAUCUGACAUCCCUAAAGGACCCUGGAUGCUGCGAGACACAGACGCGACGGGCACCAGCGCCGUUCUUCCAACAUCCAGGAGCGCGAACGCAAUGAAGUAGGUCAUUCACGCAUAGACACGCACACAUGCAACCCCUCCCCUCCCCUCCAUCUCUCUCUCUCUCACACACACACACACACUGUACAUCACUGAUGACUGAACACACACACCAGCUCCUCUCUCCUCGUGCUCCAGCAGACCCUUCACAAAGAAAGCAGGAAACACAAAACAGGAGAGCAGAAAAGACUGGGAUUUUUCCACAUGAGCGCAGGACUGGAGAGCAAAGCUGAGGAUGUAGAGCGGUGCACAGUGUGUUUUGUUUAACAGAGCUCUGAUCCACACGUCCUUCAGGAGUGCUGAGGAAACUCAUUCUUUGUGAUUGAAAACCAUGCUUUUUUGUAAGCACAACAAACGAGGAAUGAAUUCCUAGACGGCUGAGGUCUGGACGCGCGUUUGGAUGCAGGAACAUGAGGGAGAGAGACAGCAGGGCACCAGCAGUGCCCAGGUGGGGGUUCUCGCAGUGGGACGGGGCAGUGAGACGGGCGGGGCUCCGGUCGAGGACAUGCAGGCACUGUCAAUCACGUCUCUCUCCGCCUCUGAGGUAGAACAGCAGUAUGAGCUGAUCGGUGCUUUGGGGAAGGGCACCUACGGCAAAGUCGACUUGGUGGUGCACCGGACACAGGGUACUAAACUGGCUCUGAAGUACGUGAGUAAGAACAAGACGAAGCUGCGUAGUUUCCUGCGCGAGUACAGCCUGACGGCGGCGCUGGGCUGCAGCCCGUUUAUCAUCAAAGUUCUGAACGUCCUGUUUGAGACGGAGGACAGCUACGUGUUCGGCCAGGAGUACGCACCUGCGGGAGACCUGUUCGACAUCAUCCCACCUCAGGCCGGUUUGCCGGAGGAGAUGGUCAAACGCUGUGUUCAGCAGCUGGGUUUGGCUCUGGAUUUCAUGCACAGCAAGAGUCUCGUCCAUCGUGAUGUGAAGCCAGAAAACGUUCUGCUUUUCGACCGCGAGUGCCGACGUGUGAAAUUGGCAGAUUUAGGAAUGACACGGCGGGCGGGCAGCCGGAUCAAGCGGAUCAGCGGCACCAUCCCAUACACUGCUGCUGAGGUGUGCCAGGCCUCGGUUUCAGAGGGCAUCAUCGUGGCGACGACCCAGGACGUGUGGGCAUUUGGAGUUCUGCUCUUCUGCAUGCUCACGGGAAACUUUCCAUGGGAAGCGGCGUUGCCUAACGACGCAUUCUUUUCGGAAUUUCAGCGCUGGCAACGGGGGGCGUGUCCUCCUGGCGCCGUUCCCUCCCAAUGGCGGCGUUUUUCUGACGAUGCGUUACGCAUGUUCGGUCGGCUGUUGGCGUUGGAGCCGGAGCGGCGCUGUGGGGUUAAAGAGGUGUUCUACUUCCUGAAAUACGACCUGCUGAAUCAUCAUCGCCGCAGAGCUUCCUGUAGGGUGCCUAGGGGAGGUUCCGCACGUUGCUCCGCCCACAGACACGCAGAGCCCUCUCCUCCUUCAGGCGCUUCCUGUCUACGCCCCACCCCCCUCAAACGUAGCAUCCUGUCUGAACCACAUUCUUCAAGGGAAGAGUCCUCCAAAAGCCCGUCGCCCAACCGCCAAGACAAGAGUAAAGUAAUGAUGACUACUCCUAUUGAGAUUUGUGUAUGAAAUGUACGGCUUUCACCGGACGGCCGGGAAACAGGUAGCAAUAUUACUUCAGGACUACUGCUGGAAAAACGUUUGCACAAGAACGACAAGAACGGCAUAGGUGAUAAAGAACUAGCAAAAAUAUUACAUGGUGACUUCGAAACCUCACUAAUUUAGAGUAGGUCAGGAUCAACUUAUAGGUCACUUUAGCACUAGAAAUUAAUCCGUUUCUCAAGAAAAAACAUGCUGAAUUUCAUAUAAUUGCUUUCAAUUUUAAAGGAAUAGUUCACUCAAAAAAAAAAGAAAAUAAAAAAAAUAGCCUUAUGUCGUUUCAAACCCAUGUCUUUCUUUCUUACGGAGCCCCUAAAGGGACAUGGGAAGGAAAAAAUAUUUCAAUGCAAGUUUUGCGUUCCCCCGAGAAACUGCAUUCGCUCGAAAAACUUUUGUGUUUGCGAGCGAACGCAAAGUUUCUCGGGGGAACGCAAAACAUUUGGAAGAGAACGCAAAAGCAUUGAAAUAUACAUUUUCCUCCCAUCUCAUAUAAUAUAUCCCUUUAGGGGCUCUGUACUUUCUUGCGUGGAACACGAAUGAAGAAAUACUGCACAUCGCUCCACAACGGGUACUGUAGUUGUUAAGAUCCUGAAAUGACAUCAAAGUACCGUAUUCUGAGUCCUCUAUAGCCAUAUGAUAGAUUUAUGUGAAGAAAAGUCAUUGUUAACCAAAAAUUGUAUUGAUGCGUAUUUUUGCUUCAAAUAUUGUGCAUCUUCACUAUCAGAAAGAAUGUGCAAAAAUCAUACCUUUAACUUGUCACUGAGGCAGUACCUGUAAAGGUGUAUAUUAGUGCAUAUUACUUUUCUAAGGUACUAAUAUACCCCUUUUAGGAGUAGAUAAAGUACAAAGAUGUCCCUUUAAGGAAACUGACCAAUGACAAGCUGUUGUAUAAUUUUUGCACACAUUGCUCCUGGUCAUUGACAUCAAAUUUGAUGCAUCUUGAUGUACUGUAUUUGAAUUCAAUAAUAUUUGAGAGUUACUGCAUGCAGGAAACACUUUCAACUCACAUUUUAAUCUGUUUCUUGCUCAAAGCUGAUCAACGUGUGGCUUUACAAGGCUUAGAAUAUAGUGUAAAGACUUCUUUUGUAGUGCUUUUUUGUCUUUGAAGCCAGAGUUAUUUUAGUAUAAUUGAUAUGCUAUUUUAGAUUGUUAUAUUUUGAAUUUUAUUUGAAUUUUAGGGGAAGUUUUAAUCAUUUUUAUUAGAUUUUUUUUUUUAAAUUUGUGUAUAGUUUUAGACUUUUAAUUUUUAGUUUUAGAUAUUUCAGUACUUUAAAUGAAUAUUGAGAAAUGCAACUAGUUUUUUAAAUAUUUUAUUUUAUUUCAGUUCUGUCAUUACUCUCGGAGAGAUUGGAUAUGGCAGUUUUAAUGUAUUUGGUCUUGGUGGAAUAGAUCUGCUACGUUGCUGCUGCUGCAGAGCAAGUACCAAGACUUGCUACUGCCAAUGCAUUCGCAGACUUGUGAACAUGUAAGACAUGCUGCUGCUGCUGCACAUAUAACAUACAUGAAAUGACCCCCAAAGCAGAUCUAUACAGGUUUCUGAAAGCGUGCUGCAGACUGCUAACAGCAACACUACCAGUAUUUGAAUGUUGAGCCGCAGCUCAUUGGCCUCUGAUGCAACAGCAACCCAAUCAGCUACAGUAUGUAGAUAGCGAUGUGAUCGCUACCAAAUUGAGUUGAGCCUGCGCCGUCUAGAGUUUCAUGACAGAACUAGGUAUUUAAUGUUUAUUUUAUUUCUAUUAAUGAUUUUUUUUUAUGGUUUUGGUUUAGUUUUAGCUAAGGAUAAUAACCCUGCUUGGAGCUUUUUAAUGGAAUCAAUUAUCUGUUAAUGACAUGAUGGAGAGUGAAUGAUGUUGGGUGAACUAAACCUUUAAUGUAAUGUGGCUUCUAGGGUUGCACGAUUAAUUGGAAGAAAACCGAAAUCACUUAUAUUUCCUAUUUUGUUAAAUAUUUUUAUUUAGUAAUAAUAAUAAUAAUAAUAAUAAUAAUAAUAAUAAAUAUUAUUUUAUAGUCAUUAAAAUAUAAUUACAAAAUUUUGGGCCAAAUUGUGCAGCCCAACAAAAAAGUGCUGCAAAUUUGAAAUUCAAUUUUUUUACUCGAAUUGUGCAGCCCUAGUGGCUUCCAUAUUUUUAUAGGAUCUUAAAGGGAUAGUUCACAGUAAAAUGGUCCCGCUCGCGCUUGACCAUAUAAUGGCAGUGAAUAGCGACCAGCAUCAAGCUUUUAAAGAUGAUGCAAAAGUAUCACAGAAGGAUCCCAUGCAACACUUGCCAUAUAUUCCAAGUGUUCUGGGGUUAUACGAUAGGGUUUAGUGAAAAACAAACCGAAAUUUAAAGGUGCCCUAGAAUUAAAAAUUGAAUUUAUCUUGGCAUAGUUGAAUAACAAGGGUUCAGUUCAUGGAAAUGACAUACAGUGAGUCUCAAACACCAUUGUUUCCUCCUUCUUAUAUA